UUAUUUGGGUUUGGCUAGUGUGUGUCCAUGGGUACAUGCUAAGCGCGGAAUUUUUUGUAUUCGGGAGAUUUUGAUUGGUGUGGUUGAUUUAUUUGCAGGAUCCACCAUUAUCAUGAGAUAGGAGCUGAUCAAAAUGAUUGAAGCACAAAAUUUUCUGCGCUUAGAUGUGCCCAUGACAACCGUUUUUAUUUAAAUAUUUGAGCCCUAAAUAUUAGUCCUGGGUCCGCACUGAUCAUGUCCAGAAAAGCCUCUUCUGAAUUCCCGCCUCACCUGAGAAGAAGGCCGUUAAAAAGCAAAGCUUUCGACACUUUUCUUCGAAUCGUCUCCGAAUGUCACUCGCAUUUUCAGAAUCAAGAGCAAGUUGCAAUGAUUCAAGGUGAUCAGAUGGUAGAGAAUAAUUAUUUGGCAAUUCGAGGCGAUUCUUUGUUAGAAAAUGAUAAAUUGGGGACUGAUGAUGGGUUGGCACGUGAAAAUUUAUUGGUUAAUGGGGAUAGAGAAGGUGAUUUGUUGGUAGAAAACAAUGAUUCGAGAGCUGAGGAUGGGUUGGCACUUCAAAAUUCUUUGGUUGAUGAGAAUAGAGAAGUUGUGAGUUCUCAGGAACCAGCUUGUAGUGGUGACCGUAUGGAUGUAGAUGGGUUGGAGAUCGUGGAUAAUGUAAAGAGUAAUGGUGACCAGGUGCCUGUUGAUAAUGUUAACGGGAUAGAGCAGGUGAUAGAAGGCAAUCAGAAUUGUAAUAAUGAUUUUGCAGCUUUUGCUUCGUUAAUUGAUAAUGAUGAUCAGUUUAGUCUCCCUGAUUUUGACAUGGAGGAAUCUGACUUGGGAGAACAAUUGGGUGAUAACGCACCAUGUGCUGAUGUCUCUGAACUUAUAGACUCGUUACUAGAAACAGAUGCAACUGUGAAAGCUUCAAUACCCCUUGUAAAUAAUGAUGCUAACAGUUUACAUGCGAAGAGAAAUGAGAUAGAAACUCAAGUGGGUCUGAAGGAAUCAGACUCACCAGGAUCUGCCUCUGUCAUGGUUUCUUCCCCUCUUCAGAAAACUGUUGAGGGCAUUGAAGAUGGGGAAGUUUUGAAAGUUUCUGGAUUUCUAGAGAAAUCAAGUGAUUUAUUACAUGAAGAUGUGUUGCCCUUGGAGAACAGUGUAGACAAGGGCGACCUUUUAGGAGAUACUAUUCACAAAGAGGGAUUCAAUCCGAAUACACUUCAAAGAGGACUUAAGAAAGAUAAUCAGUCCUUUAGCCAAGCUAGAACUGGAGUUCAAAUAACGAGCACUGCCAUGAAUGUUGAAAGGGGGAAUGAUAACCGAAACUUGGUGAACAAUAGAACUCAGGUUUAUUAUGGAGAUACUGUAGAAGAUAACGAGGAAGAAUGGGAGGAUAGUAGGCUUGAAUCUGGAAGAAACAGACGAAGGUCUGCGCCCAAAGCAGCCAACAGUCAAGCUUCUUGUCCCAAAAAUAUAUCACUAAGGGGUGGAUUGACAGGGGAAAAUACAAUUGAGAACCAAUGCAGUGCAUCGACUGAAAAGGUUGCCAAUCAAAACAAUAAGAAAAGAAAGGGGGGUUGCAGUGAGGAUCGAAAAGCAAAUAGAAAGAAGAAAGAAAGAAUGAAGAGAGCAGAGCAACUCAGAGAACUGGGUGUUAAAAAGUUGAAGCUGCUACCAGUGUCAAAACCAAAAACAGUAUCAUACUGUCAUCACUUUCUCAAAGGAAGAUGCCAUGAGGGAGACAAGUGCAAAUUUUCCCAUGAUACAGUACAAUUGACAAAGUCUAAGCCAUGCUGUCAUUUUGCACAUCAGUCAUGCAUGAAAGGAGAUUACUGCCCAUUUGACCAUCAGCUCUCCAAGUAUCCGUGUAACAGUUUCUUGAGUCAAGGUUCCUGCAUCAGGGGAUUCAACCGUAUGUUCUCACACAAGGUACUGAUGAAGGAAGGUUCUUCUGGUGCUUCAGAUAUUUGCAAUCCUGAUUUAAAGUCCGUAUCUGUGACAGAAAUUUCUGUUCCGAAAAAGCAAAUGAAUCCUAAUUUCACUGGUAGUCAAAAUUCCAGUACCAAUUUAUCUUCCAGUGGGGUCUCUUACUGCAAGAAUUACAAAAAGAACGGAGAGGGUCUUGCAUUAAAACCUGCUGGACAGGCACCCAAGGGAAUAAGCUUUCUUCUGCAUGGAAAAGUUCCCCUAGGUAAUAUUAGUAAGAAUGGACAAGGUCCCUUGCCUAAUGGUGCCAAAGUUGACCAACAGACACUCGCUAAUGCAUCAAAUGGGGUUGAAAGCUUGCAUAAGAGCACACAAAGAAAGCCUGUUGUGCCACGGGGAGUAAACUUUCUGUCAUUCGGUAAAGAUCCUUCUGAAAGCUGUACUAAGAAAUCAAGCUUUUCUUUAGUUAGCAAUGUGGAAACUGGGAAAUCACCACUAAGUGAUCCCGACAAAAGUGAACAAGCUGAUUCAUCAUCAAAGACAGAUGUUGGUGUCACAGUUGACUUUCAGACUGGCCAAGGUGCAUCCAGCACUGUUCAGAACACGAAUGAGACAGCAAACAGAACACCUGCAACGACACCUCAGGGUCUGGGCUUGCUCUCAGCUGGCAAUCUCUUAGACCGUUUUUUUAACAAGAAACAAGCUGGCUCCAACUCGAAUGAGAAUAAUGCCAUGCAUCCAACUGUUAGAAACAAUGAAAGUGUGAGUGAUAAACAUCGGACCUUUGACCUACUAUUGCCUCCGGUGUUGUCUUCUCCGCUUCCUAGUAAUCAUUCUUUAAGCAAGUUAACAGAUGUUCAGAGCAAAGGGUCGUCAAGCUCUCUUCAGGGAUCACUAUUUUCAAACACUCCAAAGUCAUUACAAAGGGCAUUCCAAUCAACAUUAGCAUUGGCUGCUAAAUUUGAGUCUAAAGCUAAGAAUGCUGUUAGUACCGACUUAAGCAAGGAAGGCAGCAGCAAUUCACACAACAAUUCCAUGAAGCCUUCAACAAUUUUGGAUUUUUUAUAUAGUUAUAAAGGCAAAAGUGAGCAGUGAAUUCAAAUGAAAAAACUUUCUGAGCCAUUGGAAAUACAUUGUUGUCAUAUUUUACCAGGUGAUAAUGCUUUGAUACCAAGUUUGGCUUGUCAGAUGCUAGUUCAGUUUUCGGAAGUCUUAGUGCAUACUCUCUCUAUUCCCCUAGUACCUAGUUUGUUUAUCUGGGGCACGUAUCACAAAUUAUUUUAAGUUUUUUUUCUUUUUGAUUUUUUUUAAAUGUUUAUCAAGUAAAGCAAAAAAAAAAAAAAAACUGUAAAGAUAUGAAAGUGAGAGAUAUACAAUACUUUAAUAUGAAUUUUAGAACUCAAUUUUGUGUGAUGCUAUAAUUACUUUGUGCUCAUCAAUAUUGUCACUUGCUAGAAAUUAAAGAUUUCUUGACCUCUGUAAUCACACACUAACUUCAAAUUAGAUAGCAGUACGAGUUACCAAUUUAAUAUACUGUAAAAGUCUCAGUUAUAUGAAUCCUACCUCUUUUUGUGCAUAUACUUCAGCUUGUUUGUCACAUCUAAGAGCACGGAGGUUGUUUAAGUUGAAACAGAAGAGACAUUAUGGCAGAGCCUGAAAAAAGGUUUCCUCUUAAUGCACAAGACUACGUACUCUACGAGGAAGUUGGUGAAGGUGUUAGCGCCACUGUCUUCAGAGCUUUAUGUGUUCUGUUUGAUGAGAUAGUGGCAAUUAAGGUUCUUGAUCUGGAGAAGUGGAACAAUGACCUGGAUGGUAUUCAUAGAGAGGUGCAGACAAUGACCUCGAUUAAUCACCCUAAUUUGAUAUGGGCACAUUGUUCAUUCACAUCAGGCCAUAACCUUUGGGUUGUGAUGACAUACAUGGUCAGGGGAUCAUGCCUUCAUAUUAUGAAGUCUGCUUUUCCAGAAGGUCUGGAAGAACCUGUCAUUGCCACAUUAUUGCGGGAGGUCCUUAAAGCCCUUGUCUAUUUUCAUGCCCAUGGCCACAUCCAUAGGGAUGUGAAGCUUAAAGUAGGUGUUGAGGACUACAAGAUCAAGGUGAGAGUUAUCCGUUUAUGGAGAGGAUCAACCAAGACAUGGGAGGAGUUAAAAAAAUUUAACUUAAUUCUACUGGACCACAAGGGUCAAAGGAUUCAUGCAUUUGUUCCGACUAAAUGUGCUGAGGAAAUUCAUAACCAGAUAACUUUUGGAAGGGUCUUCAGCAUUAAGCACUUUGCAGUGCAGCUGUACAGCCCGUGACAAGUUCAGGUUCCUCAGACACGACAGACAGAUAAUCUUCAACAAAGACAUCAAAAUCCAAGAGUUAGCAGAUUAUGGUGUUAGUAUACCCCAGGACGCCUUUGAUUUCUACGAUCACAACCAGCUGGAGGAGCUUUCCAAACAGACCACAUACCUGGCAGGCAAGUUCAAAUUUAUUGUCAUAUAGUGGUCAUAAAAAAAUAUAUCAUUUUGCAGACAUAAACUUCUUCUGCAGAGGUUGUAGGAAUAAUUAAAAAUUAUGACAAAAUAAGAGAUCUUACGAACAAACAUGGUAAAGAUCAGAAGCAAGCAAAAGUCGUUAUCACUGAUGGAAGGUAACUAAAACCUAUGUGUAUAACCUGCCCAUGUGCCGAACAAACAUAAUUUCUUGCAAUUGCUUAACUGUAGUUCCGCUGUUAACGUAACCUUCUGGGAUAAAUUUGGUGUUUCAUUUGACAAUUUGAUGACAAGUGCUUUAUAGAAACCUGUGAUUAUUAUUAUAUCAUAAUGCAAAGUUGGGAAAUGGAAUGGUAAAAUACUAUCUCUAAACCUAUUGAUUGUUAUGUUACACCUCACAAGAUCUAACUGGUGAAGUUGAUAUAUCAAACAACGCUGCAACAAAAGUUUACCUCAACUACAAGCAGCAUAGUGUGUUACACCUAAAGAACUUGUUAGUGAGAUAGCUUUAUUUAAUGAAUUCAUUCUUGUUUUAUGCAUUUUUUCUGUCAAGUUUAAUAUCAAACAACUUUGAAUAGGUUGAUGAAUGAGGAAUUUGCAAGAAGAGCGUUAUCAAAUAACAAAGAGAAAAAAUUGCAUAAUGUUACUGUUACAGACUUGAAGACUCUUAGGAAGAACGAUGUUGAGGCAUUGAUGAAAGUAUGGGGUGAUUUUACAAUGCUUGCACUAGCUUUGAGAAGGAGACUAAAAUGGAAAUCCAUGUCCAAUUUGUGAGAGCUGCAACCGAUGUUGCUUACCCAGACAAGUAGUUUAAAAUUCAUUUGGCUGCUGAGGAUAGUACUGAACAAAUGCAAGUAGUCUUAGGAGAUAGGUAAGUACGCACACUUAUUGGAAGAAGAGCUUUGGACUUAGCUAAGGAGAUGAAAGCUGAUAGUUCCAUGCCGGAGGCUUUGCUGAGUAUUUUGAACAAAGAAUACAGCCUGGUAAUCCAAAUGGAGGGAAAUUAGCAUUGUCAACAAUUUCACUAACAUCUGCAAAGGUUUUGUUGGCAUUCCAAGAUACAAGCGCGGCUGUUCCCAACUAAGAAGCACAAACAUCACAAGCAACCAUAUCAACCUACAGCGCUCAAGGAAUCUCUGAUAUCGACUUAACCUUUAAUUGAAAAACCCAAGCAGUAUAGCAUUACUGUGUUUUGCAUUUUCUAAGACUACUGUGAUCAGAUUCUGUACUUUUGCUUUGUCUAUCAGUUUGUGUUAUGUCCUUGCAUCA